AUGAUCCGUACAAAUUCAGUAACUCCCGCACCAUCUCCAGCAACACUUUCAACUACGUCGAAUACUUUGAACAAUGGUUCUUCAACUGAUGUAGUUACACCUACGCAACAACAGCCUUCAUGGGAGUUUUUGCGUAAACAAGCUCGUCAGUUAGAGAAUGAAAUAGAACAAAAAUUAACUAGUUAUAGUAAACUUGCGGCACAAGUUGGGAGAAAUACGAAUGGUGUUAGUUCAGUGAGUUUAGGUAGUGGGCUAUACGGGGAUAAUGGUUUAUCUGGAAAUUCUAGUGAAGCCAUGGAAUUGGAACUAGAAGAAUUAAUUAAAAAAUUGACUUCAGUGGUAAAUUCCAUGGCAGAUGUAGUAGAUGGACCAUCAUCAUCAACAUCAAAUCCAUCAAUGAUGCACAUGUUGCAAAGACAUCGAGAUAUUUUGUAUGAUUGUUCAAAAGAAUUUAAAAAAACUAAAGUAAAUAUCCAAGCAGCAAAAAAUCAUUCAGAUUUGUUAAGUUCUGUGAGAGAUGAUAUAAGUUCAUUCAAAUCAGGUGCCAGUAGUGAAACUGACUAUUUUUUAAAUGAAAGAGGUCGAAUUGAAAGUUCUCAUAGGAUGACAGAUAUGGUUCUUGAGUAG